GACGACAACACCGCCCGAGUCCCUUUCCAUUUACAUUUACUACGACGCGUUGUAUUCCGCGAAACUUAAUUAAGUUUAGUUUUAUUAAAAACUAUUUGCAACAACCAUUAAGCCGGGUGAACUCCUCCCUUACUUGACCAUUAUUCAGAUUCAUUUUCGUUUUUCAUUCAAAAAUUUCAAUUUUUUUCUGUAUUUUCUAUACACGUGUCUUGAUUAAUUAAUUGUACCUCCCCCUCGCGCCCCUGUCUUCGGUAGUGAUUACUAUUUUUUUUCUGUUAAAUUAAAAAAUUAGACGACUACCAAAAAUCCUCUGCAAAUUUGACAAAUUGACCAAAACAAUAAUUGUUCCCAAAAAUUUAAUAACACAUUACUUUUUACGUGAUCAAUAAAUUAAUUAAAUUAAAACGUCCUUGUGCCCAUACUUAAAUUUUUAUAAAUAAAUGUGUUAAAUGAAAAUCGAGAAAAUUUGUGUCUUCUGUGCAUAGUAUUAAAAUUCGCGACAAAUCCGAUUGCGUUGAUCACAUUUAUAAAUGCCUUUCAUCGAACGAUUCGUACAAAUUCGUAAUUUUGUUAUGAACAUUUGCCUUGUCGAGGCCAUACAAUUUGUCCAGGACCUAACGCAUGCCAUUUGUUUGGACUUUCAAGGCCUCUUCAAUCUGAAAUAGUGGUGCGCUCUUCGCAUAUUUUCUUCUUCUGUAUUUCGUAUACAUACACACUCUCACACACACACACACACACACACACACA